ACAUGCUGUCAGUGGAUGUAACCACAAUUUUCUGGACUUUCCGCGUUUGGUUUGUUUACCACCAGAUUUAUCAGGCGAAUUUUGGGCUUUUUCCUCCCAAUGGACGGACCAGAGUGCAUUUACACUAUUUUCGAUGACAAAUGCAAAGCUGCCGGCAUCACGGGACAGUGGGCUUCUCCGGAUAUUCUCUCUGUCACAGCCUUCCGGCCGGUGCUCAGCAAUACGAAGGAUGAAGUGUCGAAAUUUGCCUGCAAAGAAGACACCCGGAUUCAUCAUCUCAAGUUCCCAUUCAUCUUCUCUGAGCCCAUUCUCGCGGACUUUGUGGGCGAGACGUGUGCUAUUUUCCGCAGUCUGCGCUCUCUCAAAGCCACCGAGCAGAAGCUGGACUAUGUGAAGAUCUCACAGUCGUACAGAAGCACAGUCAGAACUUACCUGGAGAAGCUCCAAGAUGCCAUAGCCUCAGGCUCCGAUGACACCUUGAUAGAGAGGCACAAGAACCUCAUCACUCAACUGUACUACACAGAGUGCAUCUGGCAUCUGUGUGAGAUUCUCUUCAUUGAUCGCGCAGCAUCGGGAAUGAUCGUUCUGAAGCUGCUGGAGUGGAUUCGCUUUCACAUUCCGCAAUCGGAGCGCUUGGCCACGGAAUUGCUCAUCCACGGCCGCGAGGCGGACGCCCACGAGGACUACUGGGAUGUUGUGAGGGAUCUCAUCCUUCAGGGUCAAGUGGAUGUGGCCAGAGCUCUGCUGAAGCUCCACUCUGCGGCGGAGAGUCUCAACUUCCAGCUCACCGAGCAGAUUCUCAAGUCAAUGCCGGUGUUCAACAGCUACGGCGGCCUUCCGGUGCAGAAGUUUCACUCCCAGUGGCAAUACUGGGUCACAGACACGCGCUCCAAGCUGUCCACGGGUGUCCUGAUGGAGCAGCCAGAGCUGGAGACGCUCGUGUUGCUGGCCAUCGGCGACGAGGCGACUUGGAGCAACCAGGCAAAGUCCUCCAACUGUUGGUACGAAUAUCUGCCCGGCUUCCUCUUCUACACUACGCCCACGUGCAAGUUCUUCGAGCUCGGCACCUUCGCCGGCCAGUGGCUGACGCGCUGGAUGACCGCGCAUGGCCAGACGAGCUCCAUGCCGAUGAAGCAACUCGAUCGCGUGAUCCUGAGCGUGAUGGAGAACGACAUGCACCAGGUGCUGCACGAUGUGCAGAACAUCUAUGACAACAAGUGGUUCGUCACGCACUUGGCGGAUCUGCUGCACGCGUGCGGGCAGCUCGAGGUGCUCGUGGAGCAGCAGCAGAAUGUGGCCAGUGAGCUGCGCGACUCGCUGCUGUUCGAGUACGGCUGCACGCUGAUGAGUCAGUGCGAGUUCUGGCCCUUCGGCCUGGACUACCUCGAGCACGGUCCUCCCGAGGGUCUGGGCGCCAUUGAGAUUCACCUCUCGCGUCUGCCCAUCGCGUCGGACGACGACGCUGAGCAGAUUCUGGCCGCGGCCAAGGCCAGAGGACUGUCGUCGAUCGAGAGGGACGUUUGUCGUGUGCUCGCGGCCAGAUAUCUGGCCAGCGACGAUCACGGAAGCGCCCUGAUGUGGGGAGUGCGCUCGCAGGACAACAUCUACGUCACUUCCAUCGCGGAUAUCAUCCUGAACCACUACUGCAAGCACGGCGUCAUUCUCUGUCCGGACGUCCUCGCGCACAUCGGCCAGAAGAUGUUUGUGUCACCGCGCCUCGUCUUCCUGGUGAAAUAUUAUGACUUCCAGCAGUUCUACAAACGCAAGGAAUUCCCACAAGCCGCUGAGUUGCUGAUAAAUCUGCUGGACUCGCGAAUAACGCCAGAAUUCUUCUGGCCGACGCUCUUGGCCGACACAAUUCCACUGCUUGAGUCCAGCGAUCCGAAGAUUCCCUCCAAGGAAACCACGCAGAUCAUUCAUCACUUGGAGGCGGAAUUCCUGCCACUUGUCGACAAGGUGCGCAGCUCAAGUGCCAUCAGUGGCGAAUCGAGGACGCCAAUCCUGAAUCACAGUCGCCUGGAGGACAUUGAUCAGCUGAUAAGACUCCUGCGAAUGGCGGCGGCGCGGAAUCUCGCACGGAUGCUCAUCAUCGAGAACACAGUUCUGUAGAUGAGAAGCAACGAAGGCGAUU